GCAGCGGAGCCUCCAGAUGGCCAACCAAACCGCCUCAUACGUGCUCCUGGCUCUGUGCCUGCUCGUGCUCGUGGCGAGGCACGCCGAGGGGAGGCAGCCCCGGCUCGUCCCCGCGAUCUUCGUGUUCGGCGACUCCACCGUCGACGUCGGCAACAACAACUUCCUGGGCGGCACGCGCAAGGAGGGCAGGGCCAACUUCCCGCAGUACGGCGUGGACUUCCCGACCUCCAAGCCCACCGGCCGGUUCAGCAAUGGCUUCAACACGGCAGACCGGCUAGCUCAAUUCCUUGGCUUCCCCCUGAGCCCGCCGGCGUACCUCUCCCUAAAUAGGCGUACCGUCAGAUCACAGAUGUUUAAGGGCCUCAACUUCGCUUCAGCGGGGUCCGGACUUGGGGAUCACACCGGCCGCUCAGUUGGUGAAGUCAUCCCGAUGACCCAGCAGGUGGAGUCCUUCGCGACGGUUGUCAAGCACAUGUACCAGAGUUCAGGCUCGAGGAGAACGGCCAGUCUCCUCUCCAAGUCCAUCUUCUUCAUCAGUACCGGCAGCAACGACAUGUUCGAGUACUCUUUCUCCCGCAGCAACGACAGGAAGUUCUUGGCCAGUCUCGUCGCCGCCUACAAGGACUAUCUGAAGGCACUGUACCAUCUGGGCGCGAGAAAGUUCAGCAUCGUCAGCAUCCCGCCGCUGGGCUGCACUCCGUCGCAGAGGCUGCGCCGGCUGGAGCAGAUGGGCACGCAGGGCUGCUUCGGCCCACUCAACGAUCUCUCGCUCCGGUCAUACCCGCUGCUGGCCGCGAUGAUGGAGGAGCUGGCCCACGAGCUGCCUGGCAUGGCCUACUCCCUUGGAGACGCCUUCACCAUGGUCUCCUUCGUCUUCGCCAACCCACAGACGCCCGACUGGAGCUUCACGGAGCUUGAGGCGGCGUGCUGCGGCGAGGGGCCGUUCGGGGCGUCAGGGUGUAACCAGACGGUCCCGCUGUGCGGCAACCGCGACAGCUACCUGUUCUGGGACGCCAACCACCCGACGCAGGCCGUGUCCACCAUCGCCGCGGAGACGCUGUUCGCCGGCAACCCCACGUUCGUCAACCCCAUCAACGUCCUCCAACUGACCAAGCUGUGACCGUGCUUGUGCGCAAAAUUUAUAGCGAUAUGUAUUUUGCCUUCUCUAUCUAAAUAAGUGUAGUCAGAUAAUAUAGGGCUACCGGGUAAUCAAGCGGUUAUAAAACACUAUCUUACCGACAUGCACGGCGAUAAUACUUACCCCAAUUCAUCUGUGUUUGGAUUAGAAAUCUCUUUUUAUAUGGAUUUAGAAUUUGUGCUGCAAAUUUUAUCGAGAUAUUUAAGUGGAUUUGGAAGAGUCUCUCAAUCAAUCGAUCGACAUGCCUUGCUAUACAAGAAAUAGUAAAACUAAGCCACCUAUGACCAUCAACAGCGAUUUGAGCUCGGCCUGGAUAUUCGGUGGUCCCAUCGCUCCCUUUUUCUCGAGGGUUGACAACACCUUAUUAACUCGCGAAAAAAAAACACCUUUUUAACUCAAAUGUUUUGAGGAAUAUAGAUAAUCUCUGGC